AUGUCGACAUCGUCUGAUAUUGAUGAUGAUCUUAUAAGUUUACGUCAAAGAUUAUCUUUAUUACCGAGUGUUUCAUCAACAGCAUCAUCUUCAUUUCAUGAAGAUGAACAAUAUCGAGCAAAAGAUAUUAAUACACGUUCAUUAGCGGAUUUUAUGAAUGUUGAACAAACAAUUUUUCAACCAACAACUGGAACUGAUAUGAUUAAAAGUCUUAUUAUGUCAAAUGAUAAUCCAAUGGAAAAAUCUUCAUUAUUUCGUUCAUUAAUUGAACAUACAGAACCAAAAAUUAAUGCUCAAGAAUUAACAGAACAUUUUUCUUUAAAAAAACAUGAUGAAAAAACUUCUAAAAAUAAUCAAAUUGAUGAACAUCUUUUACGUCCAUUUAGUGAAUGUGUUGAACAAUAUUAUCGAAUACUUUAUCGUGUAUGUGAAUGUACAGAAGAAUUAAAACAAGAAUUACGACAUGUUAAAAGUGAACGUGAUCAAAUGAGUGAAGAUUUAAUUAAUGCUGAAAAUGCAUAUGCUGAUGUUAAAAAACGAAAUGAAAAACUUAAAUUAAUUAUCAAUGAACAUAAAACGAAUACAGAAACAUUAAAACGUUUUUCAGAAGAAUCUGUUCGUUAUACAGAAGAACAAAAACAAAAAUAUGCAGUACUUAAACAACAUGCACAAGAAAAAUUAAAUGAAGCUAAUAGUGAAAUCGAACGAUUAAGACGAACACAUACAACAGAAAUCGAAGGAGUACAAACACAAUUACGUUAUACACAAUUACGUGUACAAUCACUUGAACAAGAAUUAAAAUCUGUUAAACAAGAAUUAGAACAAAAGAAAAAAGAAAAUAUUGAAUUGACAAAUAUUUGUGAUGAACUCUUAGCAACUAAUAAAAGAUAG